UUUUAGAUCUUUCCCGAAGAAGACGAAGAAGAGACGACGAGAGAAAUGAGGCCGAUGCAGCUAGAUAUGUUGUCGGAGAUGGAUGAUGCAGGUUCUUCAAUGGCCAUGGACGUUGAUGACCUCGAAGCUAUGGAGAUUCUCAACGAAGGAGGACUUGUUUCAGAUAACAAGCUCGCCGACGCCGAUUUCUUCAACAAAUUCGAGGAUGAUUUCGAUGACACCGAUAUUAACUAAAUCCGGUUAAUUUCCUCUUUAAGAUUUCAGUUUUUGUCCUAAUCUUUAUGUAAUUUGUGGAGAAACCUAUGUAAUGACUGUGUGUAAGUCCUGGGAUUUUAAUGUUUGUGUUAUGUAACAUUUGCUUUGGUAUUGAUUUGAUUGUUUUUAGCACAAAUUUAGAAUGUUUUUGCCUUGUUCUGGAAUUGAAGAUGUUUUUGGAGAUUAAAACCUAAUUUCUUUA